AUGAGGGCCAAGGGAAAUGGCGUGGGGAACAUCCAGGACCAUGUCUGCAUGGUGAACCUCAUGAAGGGGCCCUUCUGGUUCUGCGCCAGCAUCCUGCACCAGCUUGGGUCCCAGGCCAGCCCGCCCGGUAUGGGCUGUGGGCUGAUAGGCCAGUCACCUCCGUUCUGCAGCCAUCAUGGGAACCGGAAGACGGAGCCUGCAAGGCUCUUAGGACGACAGCGACCACGAGGCAGUGAGGUGCAGAACGAGCCCAGAGAAGGAGCCCAGCACAGCGUGAACAAAGCCCGGCGAAGCUCUCAGAACCGAGAGGGGGCGCAGCUGCGGGACAGUCCAGCCCUUCCCCCAGCGGGCGGAGGGAUCUACAUCCGGGUCCUUGAAAUUCACAAGGCCUUUACUCAAGAUCCUGGCAGCGAUCAACCCCUGAACAGCUUUGAUGUCACCCCUCUGCGCAAACCCCGCACUCCCCUGGAGACCUUCAAAAAGGUGGGAGUCCCCAUCAUCGCAGCACUGCUGAGCCUGGCGACCAUCAUCAUCACGGCUGUCCUCAUCAAAGUGAUUCUGGACAAAUACUACUUCCUGUGCGGGCAGCCUCUCCACUUCAUCCCGAGGAAGCAGGUGUGUGACGGCCAGCAGGACUGUGCCUCAGGGGAGGAUGAGCAGCUCUGUGUCAAGAACUUCCCCGAUGGGUCCCCGGUGACAGUCCGCCUCUCCAGGGACCGAUCCACUCUGCAGGUGCUAGACCCGGCCACAAGAAGCUGGGUCUCUGCCUGUUUCGACAACUUCACAGAAGCUCUGGCCAAGAUAGCCUGUGGGCAGAUGGGCUAUGACAGCAAACCCUCCUUCAAAGCUGUGGGGAUUGGCCCAGACCAAGAUCUGGAUGUUGUUGGAAUCACAGAGAACAGCCAGGAGCUUCAGGUGCGAAACCUAAGUGGGCCCUGUCUCUCAGGCUCCCUGGUCUCCUUGCACUGUCUUGAGAGCGAGAGGCAAGGCUACACGUGUGGCCCCCAGCUGAGUAGUGGCCACAGCCGACAUGCCACAGAGAGCGCUUCGCGGAGGCCAGGAGACCCACUGGCUUCCAGCGUGACCUUGAGUAAUGCACUUGACCUCUGUGAGGUCCCACCUCCCAAGAAGGCCUUUCGUCCAACGGCCCAAGGGGAUCCUGGGAGACUCCCUGCUCUUAAGAGAUCAGAAGAGAAAACAAGCCCUGUGGUCCAGCUCACCCUAUCAGCCUCAUGGAAGCAUCUCGAUGUACCCAACUGGAAGGUGAGGGCUGGCUCGGACAAACUGGGCAACUUCCCAUCCCUGCCUGUGGCCGACAUCUUCGUCAUUGAGCUCAACACCACGUACCCCAAAGAGAAGGACGUUGCCCUCGUGAAGCUGCAAUUCCCGCUCACGUUCUCCGGCACAGUCAGGCCCAUCUGCCUGCCCUUCUUUGAUGAGGAGCUCCCUCCAGCCACCCCACUCUGGGUCAUUGGAUGGGGCUUUACGGAGCAGGAUGGAGGAAAGAUGUCUGACACGUUGCUGCAGGCGUCAGUGCAGGUAAUUGACCACGCUCGGUGCAACGCAGAGGACGCCUACCAGGGGGAGGUGACCGAGAAGAUGCUGUGCGCGGGCAUCCUGGAGGGCGGCGUGGACACCUGCCAGGGUGACAGCGGUGGGCCCCUGAUGUAUCACUCUGACCUGUGGCAAGUGGUGGGCAUCGUGAGCUGGGGCCAUGGCUGUGGGGGUCCAAGUACCCCGGGAGUAUACACCAAGGUCACAAGCUAUCUCAACUGGAUCUACAGUGUCCGGAAGGUGAGCCUCCCUGUCGUGUCCUCCUUCCCUUCCUCUACCCUCAAGGCCCAGAGGACAGAGCGCCAGAGAGGGGGCGAGCGGGAACAGAUUGUGGAGGCCUCCCCUAACCGCACACGGCUCUCUUCACCCCUCCUCCCGCCGCAUGGGGACACCACCGCUGAAUUCCCUGUCAGGGACCCCGACAGUUCCAUGAUCCCAUCACUGUCCAAGGGGCCACUGGUGGGCCCCCUCAGCUCCCUGGUCCCCAGCACGGUCUUGGGAGGAAGCAGCACUACACCAGAGGUGACCAUCACGUCCAGGCCGGAGAGGGGACAGAGGGGAUGA